AUGAAUGUCUUUAGAUUAAUUGGAGAUAUGCUCCAUUUAGUGAGUAUUCUUUUACUCUUGUUUAAGAUUCGUGCAGACAAGUCUUGUGCAGGUAAAGUAUAUAGUAUUUCAUUAAAGAGUCAAAUAUUAUUUGGUAUUGUGUUUGCAUCUAGAUACUUGGAUCUAUUUACAUCAUUUGUUUCACUAUAUAACACGUGCAUGAAGUUAUUCUUUCUCUGCUCAUCAUUCUAUACAAUCUAUUUGAUCACCACUAAAUACAAGUUUAGUUAUGACAAGGAACACGACAACUUUAGAAUUCUAUUCCUCAUCAUUCCAUCCUUCCUCUUGGGAUGUAUCUUUUACGACGGUGACUCCAACUCGAAUGCAUUCAUGGAGAUCUUGUGGACAUUUUCUGUAUUUUUGGAGGCUGUUGCCAUCUUUCCCCAACUCUUCCUCCUCCAAAGAACUGGUGAGGUCGAAGCCAUCACCUCCAACUAUAUCAUUUGUUUGGGUGGGUACAGAGCCUUUUACUUUUUAAACUGGAUCGUUAGAAUAUUCACCGAAAGAGAAUUCAAGGGUGCUUUGGUAAUGAUUGCCGGUAUCGUCCAAACUAUCCUUUAUUGUGACUUUUUCUAUUAUUAUUUUAAGAGAAAUAAUAACCAAAAAUACAUAAAUCAUCACAAUCAUCUUGAAACAAUGGCCACCAAGAAAUGGAUAUUCUAUAUUAGUACUAUAGUUGCAUAUACAUAUAUAAUUAAUCAUUAUAUAUCAACCCCGAUAAAGAAUAAUAAUAAUAUGAGUAGUACAAAGAAACAAGAAGUAGUGAAACCACCAUUUUGGGCCAAUUUAGUAGCAGGUGGUGUAGCAGGUAUCAUUGGUGCAUCAACCAUCUUCCCGAUGGACAUGGUAAAGACUAGACUUCAAAACCAAAAGAUUAAUGCCGAUGGUACUAGAGCAUACAAUGGUAUCAUCGAUUGUUUCUCAAAGAUUAUAAGGAAUGAAGGAGGUGUAAGAUCACUCUACAGAGGUCUUUCAGCCAACUUGAUUGGUAUUACACCUGAAAAGGCUUUGAAACUUGCCGUCAAUGAUCUCUUGCGUACUGUUUUGCAAGGUGAUCGUCCACAUAUUACCUUGGUACAAGAGGUUAUGGCUGGUGCCGGUGCUGGUUUUUGUCAGGUCGUCGCUACCAAUCCAAUGGAGAUUGUCAAGAUUAGAAUGCAAAUUGGUGGCGAGGGUGGCAAGAGAGCAACGUUGGGAGAGGUGGUUGGAGAGCUUGGCAUCAGAGGUUUGUACAAGGGUACUGCUGCCACACUCUUGAGAGACGUUCCCUUCUCGAUGGUCUACUUUUCAAUGUAUGGUAGAAUCAAAGAAUAUUUCACAGAGCCAAAUGGACAUAUUGCCCUACCAAAGAUUCUCCUCUCUGGUAUUAUGGCUGGUAGUGCUGCUGCUGCCGUUUCAACUCCAAUGGAUGUCAUCAAGACUAGAGUACAAGUCAAACCAAAACCUGGUGAUCCAACCUACACUGGUAUCAUGGAUUGUAUAAACAAAACUUGGAAAAAUGAAGGUCCAAAGGCCUUUGCCAAGGGUUUAUUACCAAGAAUUAUGAUCAUCAGUCCACUCUUUGGUAUUACUUUAAUGAUUUAUGAAGUUCAAAAAAUGAUUUUUGCAAAAUCACAACAACAACCAAAAUAA